UCUUCUUCUUGUCGGGUGAUCGCUGCCAUGAGCACGUGUAGCUCUCUUUCAAGUGUACGCGAGGAUUGUUGUAAAUAAGUGUUGUUUUAGUUUAAAACGUGGUCGUGGACUUAACUAAUUCACGUUUACAGCCUUCUGAUAAAGAUAGUCUUUGUGGAGAUGUAAAUGGAUGGAAAAAGACGGCCAGAUUUCGUCUAACCGAUGGCGGCCAUCCAUUACCUCCAGUGGUGAGCCGAACGUGAUUCGACGUGAAUUCGAACACCAGAGACAGAACAAGACCUUUACUAAUACUGCAUUGUGUUCCCUCAGUGGAUAAUAUGGAAUAAAUUCCGCGACUACGAUAGACGACGCUCUUUGGAUAGGUGAACCGCUCGCCACUCCUAACCGGCGAAAUUGUCCCCACAUUUGUGUGUCUGCAACCUCUUGCCAGAAUAAGUCAUCUAACACGGGUAAGUGGAGUUUUCUGUUCCAUAUUUUUUGCUGUUCUGCUGAGUAGGUAUCCCCUGGUUGCCUUAAAAUGCCAAACGAAAUCGAUCUUAAGCCAGAAAUCAGUCGGGUAGCUCUUAAACUUCCCCAAUUUUGGGAUAAAGAAGCCGAUUUAUGGUUUAUUAAUAUUGAGGCCCAGUUUAAACUCGCCGAUAUAUCGCAAGAUACUACUAAGUAUUACGCAGUGGUUUCAGCUCUCAACUCGGAAGUGUUAGCGUACGUGAGCGAUAUCGUUAAAAACCCUCCUAGGGAAAAUUUAUAUCAAACACUAAAAGAUCGACUCAUAGCAGAAUUUUCCGAUUCCGAACAAAAACGAGUGAAAGAUUUGCUGUCUAAUGCCGUGUUAGGAGAUGAUAAACCAUCUCAUCUUUUACGCAAAAUGCGACAACUAGCUAGUAAUAAAGUCGGGGAGGAAUUUUUAAGAACGCUAUGGAUUCAGCGUUUACCCAAAGAAACUCAGGCAAUUCUUUCUGUUUCCGAUGGGGAUUUAGACGAAUUAGCCCAAAUGGCUGAUAAAAUUCUCGAGCUCACACCUUUGCAAAUAGCCGAAACUAAUUUAGCAAGGAACGAAAAUAAUACACACGCGGCUAUAAUGAAGCUCCAAACGCAGGUCGUUGAGUUAACAGAGCAAGUUAGUCGCCUAGCAAGGCCCAGCGACAGACAAUCACGCGAUUAUAGACACCCCCGGAAUCGAUCUCGGAAUCGUCGGCGUUCGCAGACACCUGUUCAACCCCAGGCAAAAGGCCUAUGUUGGUAUCACGCGAAGUUCGGUGAUCAAGCAAAUAAAUGUAAGGCCCCUUGCAAAUUCCGAGCAGGGAAACUAGCUCGGAAAUCACACGUGGCGCAAUGUGAUUUCCAAAUUAACAACACCAGCCGCCUAUUCGUUUACGAUCCAACCUCACGUCGUCACUACCUAAUCGACAGUGGUAGCGACAUUUGCGUUCUACCAUAUAACGCCGCCAUGGCAUUAAGAGCACCCGCCUCAUUGACACUUUAUUCGGCAAACAAUUCCCCGAUAAAGACUUACGGCACAAAAACCAUAACCGUGUCCUUAAACUUAAGACGCCAAUUUACGUGGCCUUUUGUAAUCGCAAACGUCAGCAAACCAAUAAUAGGCGCCGAUUUCAUAAGACACUUCGGUCUCCUGAUCGACUUAAAAAACGCCCGCAUUACAGACCCAUUAACGUCCUUGACAACGACAGGGUCUGCUCACCACGGCGCGCAAACUAACAUUACUUUAAUUGCUUCUAAUUCGGAAUUCAGCGACAUUUUAAACAAAUAUAAAGAUAUCCUUCGGCCAUAUCCAUCUAGCACCAAACCCAAACAUAACACGGUCCACCGUAUUAUUACCAAAGGACAUAAUGUUUUUUCUCGCCCCCGCCGUCUCAAUCCCAAACAGCUGGAAAUCGCAAAAAAGGAAUUCCAGUUAAUGUUAGAACUAGGCAUUUGUCGGCCGAGUAAUUCCAAUUGGUCCAACCCACUGCACUUAGUACCCAAACCGAACGGGGACUAUCGUCCCACCGGGGAUUACCGGGCCCUUAAUAGAAUAACGGUGCCGGNUGCGGCGACAAAUCACGGACUGCCUUCUGAUAAAGACAGUCUUUGUGGAGAUGUAAAUGGAUGGAAAAAGACGGCCAGAUUUCGUCUAACCGAUGGCGGCCAUCCAUUACCUCCAACUUUCUUUAACAAAGAAAGCUCUUUCGACUUUGUCGUUGCUCAUCUGUUUUAG